AUGGUGGUUCUCACGCAUGACUUGUUUAUUUUUAGACUCUCCCAACGUCGCAGAUCCUUUGGGACCCUUCUUCGUGGUCGUGAACAAUCUUCUGCAAGUUAUGUAAAACAGAGUCUCAAAAAUCUUGCUGAGGUUACGGAGAAGUUGUUUCACGCUGCGUCGAGUCUUCAAAAUCAGUUUGAAUCAAAUGGAAAACGUUACACUGAAAAUGAGUCGAAUUCGCCUAGCUUCCUGAAUGAGGUGAACGUGAGGAAGGAGUCGAUGGAGAAUCUUCUCGAAACUAUAAAAUCACUUCAAGACGAAAUUCAAAAGUUGCCAGAGUUGAUUGAGAUUUCAAAGAGAAAAUUCCAGGAAGAAAUGACUCGAUUUUACGAAGAUCAUCUUGAAAAAGCGCUCUCAAGCACUAUCGAGACUUGCUUAGCCAUUUCUAAGGAGAAAAUCGAUGAGCUCACUUCUUUUGUUAUCGAGGAUCUAUCGGGGCUGUAA